AUGCUCCCACCCAUGUGGCCGAUGGCGCCUAUGAUGCAGCACACUGUUCAGCGUCAGCUGUCUCCAGCAGACCCCCGUUCAAGUCCACCAAUCGAGGAGGAUGCUGAAGGGUCGUUGCUCAGGGAUUUCUUGGAAUACGUCAAGGAGAAGUCUGAAGCGCGCGCCUUCUCUGAUGAGGAACACUUUAAUAGGCUCACUGAAGCUGACUAUGACGUCAAAAUGCUCAAACAUCUGUCAUGGGAAGGCGCAAAAUCCAUGGGAAUCACUCGAGGGAACUACGACCGCUUGCUGCACUACCGCAGGAAGCGGAAGCCCAGCAGCGCGUAG